UCAGAAGACAAGUUUCCCUUUUAUACAGUGAAAAGAAAUGUCUUAAUUAAGGAAUUUAGCACUGAAUAUAUUCAUGAACUGUAUACGAUAUAUGUAUUUGUAAUGGCAGCAGCAGUGGAGAAAAAAGAGCACUUAUACAAGAUCUUAGUGAUCGGUGAACUUGGAACAGGAAAAACUAGCAUCAUCAAACGUUACGUUCAUCAAUUCUUUUCACAGCAUUACAGAGCUACUAUAGGUGUAGAUUUUGCAUUAAAGGUAUUAAAUUGGGAUGCUGAUACAGUUGUCAGGUUACAAUUAUGGGAUAUUGCAGGUCAAGAACGAUUUGGUAACAUGACUCGUGUUUAUUACAAGGAAGCUGUCGGAUGUUUUAUAGUUUUUGAUGUAACAAGAGCAUCAACAUUUGAAGCGGUCACAAAAUGGAAAGCAGAUUUAGAUAGUAAAGUAACACUAUCAGAUUCAACACCUGUACCUUGUGUUUUACUGGCAAAUAAAUGUGAUCAAGCCAAGGAAGGAUUAGUAAACAAUGUCUCACAGAUGGAUGAUUUCUGUAAAGAGAAAGGUUUUGUUGGAUGGUUUGAGACGUCAGCCAAAGAAAAUAUAAAUAUAGAAGAAGCCGCUAGAUUCCUUGUCACCAGGAUUCUACAGAAUGACGAAGCAAUAGCCAAAGACGAGGCUGACACUGAUAGAAUAAUAUUAAAUGGUCCCAAAGAUUCCUCUUUAACAGAAAAGAAAGGUUGCUGCUCUUGACUUUACAUACAUUUAAAUACUAUGUUACUGAUAGGCGUCUAUACAUUUAAAUACUGUAUUAUUGAUAGCCCUCCAUACAUUAAAAUGAUUAAAGCUGAUACAUGCUGAAGAUCUAUAUUUUGAAUGUUCAAGAUAAGUUUAUAGAAAUGAAGACAUACUGUGCAAAUUUUUAUACAUGUAUUAUUUAUGUCAAUGACAGCCUACCAUACACUCAUAUAAUAUGUGACUGAUAGCCCUCCAUACAUUUAAAUACUGUGUUAUUGAUAGCCCUCCGUACAUUAUAAUGAUUAAAGCUAAUACCUGCUGAUAGAUCUUUACUUUGAAUGUUUAAGAUCAUUUUUAUCGAAAAGAAGACAUAUUGUGCAAAUGUUCAUACAUGUAUUAUUUAUGUCAGUUGCAGCCUUCCAUACAUUUAAAAAAGUGUAGCAGUUAGAAGAACCAAUAUGUCAAUCGUCCACCAAAUCCA